AUGGGGCUGUCUUUGCACAACAAAGAAAGUCAGGAGUUGGGAGUGGUAAUUCGUAAUUGUGAAGGAUUGCUUAUGGGAGCUUUGUCAAUGAAGUUAAAUCAGCAGCUGGGUUCCUUGGAGGCCGAAGCAAAAGCUUAUGAAUUGGGGAUAUUGUUUGCUAGAGAUAUGGGCUUUCGUGAGAUUGCUCUUAAGGGAGAUUCUGUCAUGGUUUCAAAUGCAAUUGCUGGCAUUUCUCCUCCUCCAUCUUCGAUAGCAUCAAUUGUGGGUGGAAUUAGUUCUCUUUUAAGUGCUUUUUGUAGUUUUUCUAUUUCACAUGCUGGUAGGAAAGGUAAUCAAGUAGCUCAUUUGUUAGCAAAACAUGCUCAGGGUGUUAAGCAAUUUGUUACUUGGAUUGAGGAGAGCCCUUGUUUCUUAGAACAUGCUCUCUCAGCUGAUGUAGUUCCUUCUUGUUAA